GGUCGCAUGUGACAGUGCUGAAGAACGCGGUUGCGUCGCGGAUAAAGAUGGACGACAACAUCAGCAACAGCAAAAACGAAUCUCUGUGCAGAGUCUGCGGCGACAAGGCUUCGGGAAAACAUUACGGAGUGGCAAGUUGCGACGGUUGUCGAGGAUUUUUUAAAAGGAGCAUACGACGGUAUGACUCCCUUACCCCAUACCAAAACACUAAUAAUAAAAACAGCAUCUCCCUCUCCAGAAAUUUAGAAUACGUGUGUAAAGAAAACGGCCGAUGUAUCGUAGACGUCACCAGAAGAAAUCAAUGUCAAGCCUGCCGCUUCAAAAAGUGUCUGCAAGUCAACAUGAAAAGAGACGCAGUCCAGCACGAAAGAGCGCCCCGAUCUACACAAACGAACCUCCACCAGUAUCCUCUGACCUUUGGUAACAGACUGAGAGGACUUCAUUCUUCGGUUUUUUCUGCUCUUCCACUGCAUCCUCCAACUUUAGAAGGCUCGAUAAGUGGCUCAUCGUCAAUUGCGAGUCAUUAUCUCCACCAAAACUACAUUUAUCCCGGAAUGCUGGGAUCGUUCCCCAAACCGUCUGGAUUAGUACCUGGAGCACUUGGUUUCUACAAUAAACCAACCUCACACACGUCAGUCAUGAAUCUACCAACACGGUCUCUAAAAGAGGACGAAGUAACAAGUUCGGAAGAAACAGCACGAGAUCGAGACAAAAGUUCCUUGGAAGAAAUCUCAGAAGAUAAUAAAAGCAACCUCGAGUUACCAAUAAUGAACGAACCUUGUAAACCCACCCUGAGACCUUUAGACAUUCCAUGCCUAAACCUAUUUCCUGCUGAAAACGUCUACGAAUCUGCAGCCAAACUGCUAUUUCUUGCUAUAAAGUGGGCAAGAAGUAUACCAUCGUUUUUGCAGUUGUCGUACCGAGAUCAGUCGAUCUUGCUGGAAGAAAGCUGGAGUGAGCUGUUUGUGCUAACAGCAGCACAAUGGGCCUUCCCUGUAGACGAAACUUUGUUAGUCAGUAAUGCUAUAGCUCCAACUUCAAGGCAUGCAGCUUUAGAAGAAGACGCUAGACGUUUGAGGGAAAUUAUCACAAGACUAACGCUUUUGAGAGUUGAUCAUACGGAACAUGCGUGUCUUAAGGCUUUGGUGUUGUUUAAGUCGGAAUGUAGGGGACUUUGUGAGCCUAGUCACGUGGAACUAUUACAAGAUCAAACACACGUCAUGUUGCAUGAGUACUGCAAUCAGAGGCAAAGUUCGCAUAAAGGAAGAUUCGGUAAACUGUUGUUAACCUUGCCGGCGGUGCAAGCUGUUACUAGGAGAGGACUGGAGGAACUGAUUUUUAGACAAACUGUGGGCGAUGUUGCAAUAGAUAGGUUGUUGACGGAUUUGGCGAAAACAACACACUGA